UGUACAAGCGGCGAUGACGCGCGCCCACGCGACCUGCUGAUGAUGAUGAUGCCCCACGCAGCGCCACUCCGCCGUGCACACUCCCAUCGUCACUCCCAUCACUCGGUCCAUCGCAGCCAGGGCUAAGGCGACGACGGAUAACCGCGGGGGCACCCCCUCUCGCCCGUUCCCCACUCGCCCUCCUCCUCCUCCUCCUCCGUCCCGUCUCGGGUAGGGACGCGAACCGUCGGCCCUCGCCCGCCUGGAUCACAGCGCAGCGAAGAUGCGCGCCGCCGCGUGGAUCUUCGUGCUGGCUCUUGGAGUCUGGCUGCACCCCCUCGCAGACGCCGAAAACACCACAACGACAACAUUAACUGCGGUUCCAUCCAGCACGGUGGCAACAACAACAGCCGUGACGAUUGCCAGCACCACCACCACCGGCAGCACCACCGCCACUGCCGCCACCACCUCCGCUGCUGCCACCACCACCACCGCCGCCACCACCUCCGCUGCUGCCACCACCACCACCGCCACCACCACCGCUGUCCCCACUUCGGCCACGUCCCCAGGUGCUUCGACAGCAACAACCACUGCACUUUCUUCCCUUACAAUAUCCACUUCAGCCACAUCCACCACUACACUUGCAAAUGCAUCCAAUACUACACCUUCAAAUACAUCCACCGCUACACCUACAAAUGCAUCCACCGCUACACCUACAAAUACAUCCACCGCUACACCUACAAAUGCAUCCACCGCUACACCUACAAAUACAUCCACCGCUACACCUACAAAUGCAUCCACCGCUACACCUACAAAUACAUCCACCGCUACACCUACAAAUGCAUCCACCGCUACACCUACAAAUGCAUCCACCGCUACACCUACAAAUACAUCCACCGCUACACCUACAAAUACAUCCACCGCUACACCUUCAAAUGCAUCCACAUCUCCAAAUUCUACUGCAGCAUCGCCGUCGAUGGCACCGACCCCAGUACCAGGGAGCGAGCCGUCGGCCACCAGCACCACGGCCAACCAGACCACAGUGAACGGCACGGGAGAAACGGGUGCCACCGUGGAUGACCGGGGCGGCUCCUUCCCGCCCGUGGCGACGGCACUCAUCGUGCUGCUGUCUCUCGGCGUGAUCGCCGCUCUCGGCUUCAUCGCCUAUCGCCACCUCGGCCCGCAGAAGGGGCCCGAGUUUGAGCGGCUCACGGACCUGCCCAUGAACACCCUCAAGGAGGAAUCGCCGUUUGCUCGCUACGGGAAAUGAGCGGCUGCAACGCCCCUCUCGCAAGGCACGCUCAAGUGUCGCCCCCCGCACUCGCUCACCUCCAAAAUCAUGUCACCUACAAAAUCGCGUCACCUACACAAUCGCGUCACCUACACAAUCGCGUCACCUACACAAUCGCGUCAACCAAAGCCAUGGCCGAACAACUUCAAACACAAGCAUCCCAAGCGUAAGGUCUGGGCAUGGACGUUGAAUUCCUCAAUACUUAACUUGCGUUGCCAAAUUCAAAAGUUUGCGACUACUACACGCGCCUGAAUGUAUGUAUAUAUUGCGGAAAAUAGCACUCGUUGUGUACACUCCCACAUGGGAACUUUGCAAUCUGCUGGGUAUUUCUGGGUCAAGAGGAACUUUAUGAGACGUUACCUUUCAGCUUUUCCUUUCUUUUAGGAUCGAGGGGGGGCGGUGGUCGUGGGUUAGGGUGGCAAUGUCACCUCUCGGGGCCUCGGGAUGGUGGCGAUGGCUCGUAUGCUCCACACACGCCGGUAGAAGAUGGCACAGAUUGCGCUCGUUGUCAAAUUAAACGAGCUCUUUGCCCUGCUCGCCAAGGGGAUCUCUCCUGCGGGAUGUGGCGUGUUUCACUGGGUUCCUGCAGGACAGGGGAUACAAGUGGGAAUCCUUCUGCUUCAGCCGAUGGCCACGAUGCCGGCCGAACGUGACGGGCACUUAAGAAAUAAAAACGGAGCCGUCAUCCGGGAUAA